GUACAUGAUGAAAAGGUCAGAAAAAACUUACUUUCCCAUUUUGGUUCAUCGUCGUUUGGCGGGGAAGAUGGCGGAAGGGCUCAAAAAAUGCAUAAGGGCGUAAUUUCCCAAAUAUGGUCAUGUUAUAUAUCAAUCGAUUACAAAUUUAAUACUAAUCAAUAAUCACAUUAGAACUUGGGUCUGAAAAUGUACCGUUCAAAAGUUAGAAGCAUUUAAGUGAAGUUCGGUAUCUUAUCUUUUCAAAAAAUAUAUUGUCUUUUCAAAAAAAUGUUGUGUAUAUUUUCUUGUUUACUACAUGUUGCAUUUUAAUUAAAGAUCAUUGCUAAUUUUGCAGGUUUGUUUUAUAUUGAGUAUAGAAAUCAUACCUAAAGUGUGGACAAAAAGUAAAUAAAUUACAUGUGAAUACUAUCAUGCGAAUGAAUUGUAAGUUUUGUCUCGUGAUAUUUUAUAGCUCUUGUUCAUCGUGCAUGAUAUAAAAAUUUCUCUUUUUAUGUAUUUAGAACUAAAAAUAUGCAAUGACUAGUGUUGAAUCGCUUACAAAGCCACAUGCACCGUCUUGUACAAAAGAAGAUAGUAAAAAGAGUUCAAAGGACCUUACCAAGUGUAUUAUUUGUCAGAAAAAACAAGAUAAUAAGGGAAACAAGAAACUUUCAAGUACAGAGAAUGGAAGAAAUGCUAUAUUUAACUGUUCAAAAAGUUUGAAUGAUGAUUUAUUGAAGGGGAUACCAUUGAGUCAAUACGAUGAUAUCAACUACCAUGUCAAUACUUGCUAUCCCCGGUAUGUACGUUCUAAAGAGAGAUUUGAAAGUAGGAAUGAAACAGCAACAAGCACAGAAGAUCUUGAAGUUAAACCAAAACGAAAAAAAUCAAAUGUUUCCAGUCCUCCACCUCUAGCUGAAUAGCCAUGUGUUAUUUGUAACCAUAUCAAAUUCAAAGGUGAUUUGAAGCGUUUUCGAAUUUGCGAAAUAAGACGAGCUAAUUCAUUUUUAUCUGCAAUAAAAUUCAACAAAGAUGCUGUUUAUGACAGAUGUGUGUUACUCAAGUGUCCUGGUGAUAUUUUUGCAGCUGACAUUGUGUAUCACAGAAAGUGCUUGAAUGGCUAUAUUGUGAAAUUUGAACGUGAUAUAGAAGCUAUAAUGUAUGCCAGAAACGAACAUCAUGAAGGGGCAGUAUUUGCAAAUACAUUUAAAAACUUCCUUUCAACUCUGGAUUUGAAAAAACAUGCUUAUUCAAUGUCAUUUUGUCGAGACCAGUUGAAUGAAAUUUUGGAAAAGGAACAUAAUAGUGAAGCCUAUGUUACGAACAGAAGAUUGA